AUGCAUAUGUUCUGCGUGCACACGGAGGAUCGACCCGACCGCGAGGAGAACGUCGCAAAACAGGCCGAAAAGUAUGGCCUGGAGAUCGAAAUCGUCGAGUUCGAGAGGGACGAAGAGUCGCCGAUGAGAGGAUGCUGCACGUCGCAUCAAGCCAUCAUCGAGAUGGCGAAGCAGCGAGAUCUUGACGAGGUGAUGAUAAUCGAGAACGACGUAUGCUUCGAGGAGGAUCCUCUGCAAUAUGCGAGCGGCCCUCCGGGCCUGCCGGCGAACAUGCUAUACCUCGGCGGGACGCUCAGUCGGAUUUACUUUGAAGAACCCACCAGACUGGAGGGCAGCGACACCGUUGGGCUCUUAACGGUCAAACCCACUCACACGUUCCUCGACCUGGACAAGCUCAUCAGGUCCCGAAGACAGGAUGUGCUGGUGCUCACCAUGGACGAGAGCCCCGACAGCGCUUUCGAAACAUUCGGGGCCACCGACUACUCCAAUGCAUACAUAGUUUCCGGAGAAGUCGCGGGGGAAUCCGACAUAAUAGCGACCAGACAGCAGGUCAAGGGGGUGCGCUUCGCAAAGGACUUCUAUCACAGAGCCAAGAUGACCGACUGCUUCCGCGAGCAGAGCUCGCAACUCAUCGGAGUAGCCAACAUUGCCGCCAUCGUCUCCAGGUUGCAAGAGAUCAUCUUCAUGCCCGCAGUGCACGCCCCUCACUCGGCGGACACGCAAGAGAUAUUCGACUGCAAAUGGGAGCUGCUCCGACGAUCCGCCGAGCAGAGGAGACUGUGGUUGCCUUCCACCUGCUUGUCCACGCACUGUUACGUGUUGAAGAGGGACACAUACUCACGGGCCAUCGAUCUGCUAGCGGCGAAUAUCGAUAGACCUCUGGAAGAUAUACAGCCGGUCGACGUGGUCUAUCAGACGCAGCUGCACCCGACGAUCCAGUGUUACUCGCUCCUGAAGCCCGUGGCCUCUCAGAUCCCAAGCUUCAGCGACAUCGAAGCCAGGGCCGUGGACUACAGGAAGCUACACAUGUACAACAGACCUCCGCAAUAUCCCGUUGCUUACGAGAGAAAGAGCAUCCCCAAAGCUCGCGUGAGGAACGAGGGUAGGACGCUGUGCCUGGACAGGGUGGACCCAGACGAUCUGCCUCGAGUGUCCGUGAUCACGGUCACCAGGAACCACCACAGGCUCUUUGCUCUGCCCGUCAACAACUUUAUGAACUUUGACUAUCCAAAGGACAAGCUGGAGUGGGUCAUAGUGGACGACUCCGAAGUCGGUCAUGAUGCCAAGCCGGCCCUCGGUGCGCUGAGGUCGGACAAGCGCGUGAGAUUCGUCCGGCUUCGGACUAAAGACUCUCGGGCUCUGACCAUCGGCCGGAAGAGGCAGAUUGGUUGCGAGAACGCCACCGGAGACGUCUUCCUCCACAUGGACGACGACGACCUGGUCCCCUCGUAUGCCAUAACCGCGCGAGUCAAGUCCCUGUUGACCUACGAUGCCGAGUGCGUGGGGUCCACCAACAUCCUCUGCUACGACAUCAGCACGUCAGAGCUGUACAACUGGCCUUCGGCCGACGCUUUCGGAGAUCGCACGAUACUACCCGAGGCGGGCCUCGCUUAUACCAAGCGUUUCUGGAAAGAGAAGGGAUGGGAGGACGUCCACUUUGAGGAAGGCAAAGCUUUCUUAAGUGGAAGAGACCUGAACAAGAUCGUAGACAUCCCCUCGCAAUUCCACCUCAUCGCUAUGACCCACUCCGGCAACUGCACCGGGACCCUUCGGACGGCCAAGCGCGUGGGAGCUAAGCUGCAUGCGGACGCCUCCUUCUCCUGGGGGAUCACGGAGAGAACGGUCGACUUUUCCGGGCAUAAGUGGUAUAUCAAGGACUCUCUGGAGCCCUUGCAACCAGGGCCCUGUUAUUGGACGGCAGACAACGUGAAGACGGACGCCGGCCAGCUCCUCUUGAGCGUAGCCAAAGCCGCUUCCGGUUCGUGGAUGUCCAGCGAGGUGAUGAUCGACGAGAGUUUCGGAUACGGGACCUAUCAGAUCGUCGUGAAAGACGCCCUGGCGCUCCACAACGAGAACAUCGUCUUCGGAGCAUUCAUCUGGGACGAGACGAACCCUGUCUACAACGGCGAGAUAGACAUGAUGGAAGCCUCUCGCUUCGGCGACCCGUUCAAUCCAUUCAACGCUCAGUUUGUCAUUGCCCCCUGGAACGUAGACGGGCGCAUUAACCGGUUCGCCAUCCCGGCAUCGGCGACCUCCGCCGUAUUGACGCUGCAAUGGUCCCCCACUGUGCUCCAGAUGACCAUCGCGUGCCCGGAGACGGGUUACUCUUUCUCUUGGGGGCCCAGGGAUUCCAGCAUCAUCCCGGUCCCCAGCGGGAAAGAGAGGCUCCACCUGAACGCUUGGCAAAACUUUGGCAACGGCCCGACCGAUUCGCAGCCCGUCACCUUUCACGUGCAAUCUUUCUCCUUUUCGAACGCAGCUCCUACGAACUCUAGCACCCUCCCUCCCGUCGUCGCGCUUUCUCCUACUUCGACCCUCACCCCUGUUCCCAACGCGACUGCUGCUAGCCUCAAUCCCACUCUCGCUCCCACGCCCACGCCGUACUUCUCGUUCAACAACGAGAGCGACCCGUCCCCAGCUCCCAGCCAGUUUAACAACGCCACCAUAUCUCCUCUGGUUCCUACUGGGACGCCUUAUGUAUGGUGGUUUGGAAGAAAUGACACUCCAGCGGCCGGUCCAGAACCAUCGAUUACGCCAGCACCAUCGAUUGCACAAGCACCUUCGAACGUACAAACGGCACCGGCCCAAGCCCCGGCUCCUACGCGUCUGGUCCCAGCCCCUCCCCCCCAGCAGGUCGUUCCCAGCCUCGUCACAUCUCAGCCUUCUUCCGCAGGGACGUUGUCGCAGUCCCUGAUCGCCGUAGCGAUCGUCGGCUGCAUCCUGUCUGCUCUGAUCGCAUAA